CUUAGAGUCACCGGCCCAAUGCUGUUUUCGAGCUUUUAUUAACAACUCGUUCACCAGAAGAAAUAUUAUUUUGUUCCGAUAUGAACAGAAACCGUAUGGUUAAGUUAUAAAGCAUGUCGCUGUGCAGAUUUUAGCAGCAGCAGCCGCCGGUAUCAUGUUUUGAACAAACGUGUGGAGUGGAAUAUUUGUUUAUUUAUUAACACUGAUAUCUCUUCAUUAUGAUGCGACGUUGUUUGCAAGCCGUGAGGAGGUUUACGCCUCAUUACUCUGCAUUGCUCCAGGACGGUGUCUCUCAGCGGCUUCCGGUGAAAAGCCCAGCGCUCUACUACUCAGCACACCGGAGCGCGCGAGACCCGUCGAUGAUGUCGCUGUGCCCCUUCAGUGUGGGCCCACGAGACCUCAGUCAGCCCAAUGCAUCCUGGAGCGCAGAGAUGCAGAAAGUGUACAAUCAUUACAACGCACUGUGUGAGGUUAAGACUGAAGAACACGAGAAGAAGGGGCCUUGGUGCAAGCUUCCCAGCUAUGACUCACUCAGAUAUUUUACAGGAGGAGGAAACUUGAGCAAAGUAAUCCAGUCUAAAGCCAGACUCUUCACAAGGAACGUAGAAGAGCCUGGGGCAGCGUUCGAGUAUGUGGUUUUUGUGAACAAGCAGGAGACAAGAUGUGUGUGCGUGCUUCAGGCUGGCCAUCUACUGGAAGGACCUCCUGGGUAUGUGCACGGUGGAGCAAUCGCCACAAUGAUCGAUACGGUGACGGGCACUCUCACUGGUUACCUGGCUGGGACUGUUAUGACUGCCAACCUCAAUAUCGACUAUCGCAGUCCAAUACCACUGGGUAGUGUAGUUGUGCUUCACAGUGCUCUGGAUCGAAUUGAGGGCAAAAAAAUCUUUGUGACCUGUAGAGUGACCAGCGCUGACGAAUCCAUAUUACACACGGAGGGUACAGCUCAUAUUGAAGUGAUUCCCUGUAAGAUCUGUGGGGACAAGUCAUCAGGGGUGCACUAUGGGGUCAUCACCUGUGAGGGCUGCAAGGGUUUUUUUCGAAGGAGCCAGUCCUCCAGUGUGCAGUAUUCUUGCUCGAGGCAGAGUAACUGCCUCAUUGACCGUGCCAGCAGGAACCGCUGCCAGAGCUGCCGCCUCAAGAAAUGUGUCGCUCAGGGGAUGAGCCGAGAUGCGGUGAAGUUUGGCCGCAUGUCUAAACGUCAGAGAGAUUCUCUUUUUGCUGAGGUGGAGAGGCAUCAGCAGCAGCAGCAGCAACAACAGCGUCUCCAGGCCAGUCAAGCUGAGCCCGAGCCUCUGCCAGCCUACAGGUCCAGCAAAGAGCCCCGAAGUCGGCCAACACAUUUAAUCCAGCCUCUGGUUCCCACCUUCCCCUACACCCUGGACGCAGAGCUCAACUGCUCUUCAGAGGUGCAUCCGUACCAGGGCAGUGCCACAGGUGAUGCCCAGGCUGCAGCUUUGGCCUACAGAAGUUCUCAAAGGGGUGGAGAGAGCAGCAGCUUUUCAACACUGAGAGACUUUGACUCCAGAAGAUCUACACCCGAGGCCAUCCUGAGCAUUCCAGGAAAUGAAAUGGGAUUACGAGCUUUUGACACCGAAAGCUUGUUCUGUCCCUAUCCUGCAUCAACACACAUAGAAGAGCUGUGUGCAAGCAUUUUCCGCUCUCACAGGGAGACGAGUCAAUAUCAUGUGGAGGAGCUGCAGGUUCAUAGAUGGAAGAUCUUCAGCAGGGAGGAGGUUCAUGCCUACCAAAACAAAUCUAUGGAUGAGAUGUGGCAGCAUUGUGCAGUUCGUCUGACAGAUGCAGUACAGUACGUGGUGGAAUUUGCAAAGCGCAUUCCAGGCUUCCGUCAGCUUGGUCAGAAUGAUCAAAUUGCCCUUCUUAAGAGUGGUUCAAUGGAAGUGGUUCUGGUCCGCAUGAGUCGGAUAUUUAAUACGGAGAACAGCACAGUCUUCUUUGAUGGCAAGUUUGCUGGACCUGAACUUUUCAAGUCUCUUGCAUGUGGUGAUUUUAUUGCAGAAGUAUUUGACUUUGCCCACAGUCUUUGUGCUCUGAGGCUGACAGAACAGCAGGUGGCGCUGUUCAGUGCGCUUGUGCUCAUAAAUGCGGAUCGCCAAUGUCUGGAGGACAGAGACAGAGUGCUGAGAGUGAGGAAAGAAGUGGAAUUGGCUUUCAGUCACAUCUUACGCAGAGACAACCAAGAAAGUUUACUGCACAAGCUGUACCAGAAGAUGGCAUCGUUGAAAAACCUGUGUACGCUGCAUAUUGAGAAGCUGCGCUGGUUCCGGCAGUAUUACCCACUGACUGUGCACUCUCUCUUCCCUCCACUUUACAAGGAGCUGUUUGUCUCAGACACUGAUAUCCACACAAUGGUUACUCUCUGAACACAUCCGCUCGGACACAGAGCAUGUAAUAAUAUGUGUUAAAUUACACUUAUCUUCUGAAGGAGGCAACUAUAUUUUUGUAAUUCUGAAACAAAAAUGGAUCUCAAAAGAAAGUAGAUGAGAGUCUGUAUUUUUUGUGCAAAUGCUAUUUUAUAAUGUGAAGCAAAAUGUUUCUACAAAUGAUAAGCUCUUUCGCUGUGACAGUAUUUCUGAUAGUCUGAACCUUUCAGCUGUAUAAAGGUAGCAUUUUAUAGUUAACAAAUUGUUUUGGUGAACAAAUGGACAUGUCUGUGUGUAAAUAUGAUUACAACUUUUAUUUCUCAUGCUGUGUGUAAAACGCCUGUUGCCACAAUCCACUGCUAAGUCAUUUGAAGUAUCAGUGUUACUCUUUAGUGACUUGAGCAUUGCACUGGAACUGAAUGACUCAAAUUCAUUUCCCAAAAUCAUUUUAUGUUCCCAAAACUGACAUGCUUGGCUUUCCUCUGUCACACACUGCUGCUUGUCUUAUUUGCACAUAAUAAUAAUAAUAAUAAUAAUAAUAAUAAUAAUAAUAAUAAUAAUUGAAGUAAAGGUAAAGAUUCUCUCAAUAACAACCAUCUCUGAAAAAUAUUAUAAAAUGUCCUGUAUUCAUACAAUGAUAGUAAUUUUUCGGUCUUGUUCUGAGAUUGUGUUAAAGUAUCUCAAAACAAGUCUGGAAAAAAAACCCUCCUGUUUUUUAAAGGACAAUAAAGGAUUAGAGUAGCUACUGAACACCAUUUACACAAAUCAUAACUGGCUAUAUACUGCAUUAAUUAAAAUAUUUUAUUUCAGAGUAAAUCUGACACAUUUAGAUCAUUUCCUUUGAAACCAAUCUUGUGAGUUAGGUAACUGCGUUUCUAUGGCCUGGUGGUGCAGUGGCUAUCGCCGUUGCCUCACAGCAAGAAGGUUUCGGUUUGAACCUCACGGGUGACGGCGGCCUUUCUGUGUGGAGUUCGCAUGUUGUCUGUGUUGAUGCUCUUAUCCCACUUUGCUCUGGAUAAGAGAGUCUGCUAAAUGCCUGUAAUGUAAUACAGAAUGUGAGGUUAUGUCAUACCGUAUUGUAUGUGUGAACAAGGGUCCCAUCUUGUAAGGAGUGUGCUCUGUGACAGUGGUUACCUGCUUAUGCUUUGUUGACAAAAGAGGUCAAUCUGAUGGAGAAAGAAGCAGCUUUUGUUUGUUACGUAUCCAUUAGAACACACAUGUACCCAGAGCAGUGGGCAGCUGCACUGCAGUGCCCAGGGAGCAGUUGGGGUUUAUGUGCCUUGCUCAGGGGUACGUCAACCAUGGAUGUAGAAGGAAAGUGAAAGCUCUUCACUCACUUUUCAUCCACCCACACGUUUUCCUGCUGGUCUCAGGAGUUGAACCAGCGACCUUUUGGUCCCAAAGUUGCUUCGCUAACCUUUAGGCCAUGGCUACCCCCGUGAAUGCGAUGGAAAAGGGAAAAGAGAAAGAAAAGUUACUGAGAGAAAUUGACUCACAAUGCCAAGCAACAGUAUUUGGAUAAAUUAAGCAUGAUAAACAAGACAGAUCUAUAAGUCAUGGCAGCCAAAGACUGGAUUACAAACCCCAACGCACUACCUCCACUCACAUACCCGGACACUGUAAACUAUCUUGUUUUUGGACUGAGUGCAUACACUUUGCAUGAGUUUAAAAGUUACAAAUGCCUAGAAGUUCAUGAACAGUUUUGCAGUGGCUGGGUGCAAGAUCUGCUAAUUCACAAGCAGGCAACUGUGAGAGAACAGUCAUAUGCACAAAGGGAAAGUGGCACUCCUCUUUUUGGCCCAAUUAUUAAACCAAUCACAAUACAAAACUUUCAGAAACAUUCAGCUCUGUGAUUAUUUUAUUUAGUCAUAGGCAGUGGAUUUGAUCAGUCGCAUUAUUAAUCAAAAAGGUUAUACCUGACAUGUCACGAGCUAUAGUGGUCUUGUGCAGUACUGAUGCGCAAGUUCAGAUUGUGUUUUUUUCCAUGUAGGAAAGGUGGAAAAACUUAUUCCAUUGUCCAGUGUUCUCCGUGAACAAUGCUGUGACCUACUAUGGCAGUUCUUGAUGCAGCAGCACUGACUUUUAUGGUGACGUUUCAGAAUCAAGGCAGAAAAUCCAAAACACAGCCUCCAACUCACCAAAGGAAAGGCAGUGGGAUCCUCUCUGCAUGGCACGCAAAAAAACAUGUCAGUUACCCAAAACUUAACACGGCUUGACAUCAGCUUCACAUUCCAUCCAUCCAUCCAUCCAUUAAAUGUAGCCGCUUAUCCUGUACAGCUUCGCAGGCAAGCUGGAGCCUAUCCCAACUGACAAUGGGUGAGAGGCAGGGUACAGCCUGGACAAUUUGCCAAAUCAUCGCAGGGCUGACAGAUAGAGACAAACAACCAUUCAUACUCACACCUACGGUCAAUUUAAAGCCAUCAAUUAGACUAACUUACCGUGAGUGGUUAGCGUGUCCGCCUCUUGAUCAGGAGAUCGCAAGUUCUACUCACGGUCGGAUCAUACCAAAGACCAUCGUAAAAAUGGUACCUACUGCCGUCUGGCAAGGCACGCUGCAAGACAUAACGCAUUGCAGACACGAGUCAAACUCUCGCGGUUACCAGAGGACUAGCCCCCCCCCACUGUAACCCUAGCUAUGUAAUAGGCGAGAGGCCGAAGGCUAUGGAAACGGAGAUUGGUGCCACCCUAUGUGCUACAUGGCGUGGGAAGGACUUUGAUUUUGAUUUGAAUUAGCCUAACCUGCAUGUCUUUGGGGGAAACUGGAGCACACCCAUGCGGAAAACAUGCAAACUGGGCUUGAACCCAGGAUCAUCUUGCUGUGAAGCAACAGUGCUAACCACUACACCACCGUGCCACCCAGCUUCACAUUCUCCUUUUUAUUUGUUCUCUGUUUUGAAUAUACUUGCAUGUAUGAUUUCAAAGGGGCAGCUGAUUUCAUUUUGAGUUUUUUUUUCUUUUUCAUUUUGGUUCCUUGAAAAUUCCUUCUCAGUCAAAAGUUACUCAUUAUAAACUACAUCAUCUAAGCAUUGUUUCCACCAUGUAUUUUACAUCUAUUUCAUUCUAGGCUUCAGGACGACUGCAAUCAUUAUUAGGGUGCUGAAUAAUUUCACGUUACAUGUGAGGUUUUUAACGGCUAGUUUCAAGAGUGUAAUUGUAGCUGACGUCCAUAGGCAUGUGAGGAUCUUGCUGGACACACAGCUGGUGUUUAAACAUGUAAUCACAGGUUGCAACGAUGUAAGUGUUUAAUUAAAAUACAGUAGUAGCAAUGAUGAGUAUGAAGCAUGAUGGCAUAAAGCCUAUGGCAGCUAAGCCUACAUAAGCAUUUAAGUUUUAUGUUUUUUGUAUCAAUGUGUAUAUCAAGAAGUUCUGGUCUCUUGCCAUUUAAGUACUUAUGUAUGUUUUGUCUUUUAUUUCAAUUUUUUUUUUUGCUGAUAUAAUGUAUUACCUUUUCUGACUUUGGUUGAC